CUCCCCAGUGCGUUCUGCGACCACCCAGGCCUUCCAGGACUCUGUGGAGAGGGGAGCAGGGGGACAGGGACGCCCUCUUCAGUAGGAGCUGUCUGGGGGGCGGACCCUAGGCAAGGCGAGCAGCCCCACUGAAGCCAGGCGCAGGGUCUGGGACGCAGCUGGGAACGCAGAGGGCUGAUUGAGCUCCGCAGAGAGCAGCAGGCUGGGGCCCGGGCCUCCUGGGUGACAGGCCCUGCGUGGCAGGGGAAAACGGCUGGAGGAGACCAGCAGGGAAGAGGCUGGACCUAGAAAAGGGGCGGCUGCUUCACUUCCUUACCAGAGCCAAAGGGACCAAGGAAUUUGGAGCCAUGUUUCUACCGUCAGAAGAAAGACACUUGCUUUCCAUGGCAGUGUGCUUUAUCUGAGACAGCUCUGCAGGGAAACGGUCCUUGGAGCCUGGAUCAUCACCCUCCAUACCUUUAACUGAGGCCUCCAAGCCUCAGAGAGGACCUGGAUUUAGAAAGGAGGCUGGACAGUCCUUGCUGCCCCCCUUGGGGAGAGAGGAAGUUCCCUGCCUGCUCCCGGGCCAGGAGGAGCUGGGCCAGCAGAGUGGGGACCUGGCCCCUGAGGCAGCGGCGGCCAUGUCACGCCCAGGCCAGGGCGUGAUGGUGCCGGUGAACGGGCUGGGCUUCCCGCCGCAAAACGUGGCCCGGGUGGUGGUGUGGGAGUGGCUGAAUGAGCACAGCCGCUGGCGGCCCUACACAGCCACCGUGUGCCACCACAUCGAGAAUGUGCUCAAAGAGGAUGCCCGAGGUUCUGUAGUCCUGGGGCAGGUGGACGCCCAGCUGGUGCCCUAUAUCAUCGACCUGCAGUCCAUGCACCAGUUUCGCCAGGACACAGGGACCAUGCGGCCGGUGCGACGCAACUUCUACGACCCGUCGUCGGCGCCGGGCAAGGGCAUCGUGUGGGAGUGGGAGAACGACGGCGGCGCGUGGACGGCCUACGACAUGGACAUCUGCAUCACCAUCCAGAACGCCUACGAGAAGCAGCACCCGUGGCUCGACCUCUCGUCGCUCGGCUUCUGCUACCUCAUCUACUUCAACAGCAUGUCGCAGAUGAACCGCCAGACGCGCCGCCGCCGCCGCCUGCGCCGCCGCCUGGACCUCGCCUACCCGCUCACCGUCGGCUCCAUCCCCAAGUCGCAGUCGUGGCCCGUGGGCGCCAGCUCGGGCCAGCCCUGCUCGUGCCAGCAGUGCCUGCUGGUCAACAGCACGCGCGCCGCCUCCAACGCCAUCCUGGCCUCGCAGCGCCGCAAGGCGUCCCCCGCGCCCCCGCCGCCGCCGCCCCCCGCCGAGCCCGCGCCACCCCCCGGGGUGCCCCCGCGGAGCCCGAGCGCCCCCGGAGCCGCGCCCACCCCCGGACAGAACAACCUCAACCGGCCGGGGCCCCAGCGCGCCACCAGCCUGAGCACACGCGCCACCAUCCCGCCUGGGGUCCCCGCGCUCCCGGUGAAGAACUUGAAUGGUACGGGGCCGGUGCACCCAGCCCUAGCAGGGAUGACCGGGAUCCUGCUGUGCGCGGCCGGGCUGCCGGUGUGCCUGACGCGGGCCCCCAAGCCCAUCCUGCACCCGCCGCCCGUGAGCAAGAGCGAUGUCAAGCCCGUGCCCGGCGUGCCCGGUGUGUGCCGCAAGACCAAGAAGAAGCACCUCAAGAAGAGUAAGAACCCAGAGGAUGUGGUUCGAAGGUACAUGCAGAAGGUGAAAAACCCACCUGAUGAGGACUGCACUAUCUGCAUGGAGCGGCUGGUCACAGCAUCUGGCUACGAAGGUGUGCUUCGGCACAAGGGUGUGCGGCCUGAGCUCGUUGGCCGUCUGGGCCGCUGUGGCCACAUGUACCACCUGCUGUGCCUCGUGGCCAUGUACUCCAAUGGAAACAAGGAUGGCAGCCUGCAGUGCCCCACCUGCAAGGCCAUCUAUGGGGAGAAGACAGGUACUCAGCCACCUGGGAAGAUGGAGUUCCACCUCAUCCCCCACUCACUGCCCGGCUUUGCUGACACCCAGACCAUCCGCAUUGUCUAUGACAUCCCCACAGGCAUCCAGGGCCCUGAGCACCCCAACCCGGGGAAGAAGUUCACCGCAAGAGGCUUCCCGCGCCACUGCUAUCUGCCCAACAAUGAGAAGGGCCGGAAGGUGCUGAGGCUGCUCAUCACAGCCUGGGAACGGAGACUCAUCUUCACCAUCGGCACAUCCAACACCACAGGCGAGUCGGACACCGUGGUGUGGAAUGAGAUCCACCACAAGACCGAGUUUGGAUCCAACCUCACGGGCCAUGGCUACCCAGACGCCAGCUACCUAGACAACGUGCUGGCUGAGCUCACAGCCCAGGGUGUCUCCGAGGCUGCGGCCAAGGCCUGAAGCCCGAGGCUGUCCAUCUUUCCUCCUGCUUUGCCCCUGGUCUGGCACAUGCCUCCCUCCGCCAGGGGUGUCCUGGUGGCCCAGGUUCAGGGAUGGGAGGAGCCUGAAGAAGGAGCCGGAAGCAUUCAGGGGAUUUGGCUGGUGGCAGCUGGGAUGACAGGAGGACGUCAGGCCAGCCAGCUCCAACCCGUAGCUCCCUGAGAGGGCUGCAGAGAAAGUACCGGAAACCACAGCAACCUCCCUACCAAAAGACAGAGACCCACCCCCAUCACACACAAAUACACGUGUCCUGUUGAACACAUGCACGCACACCCACGUGCCUCUACUUAACCCCAAGCUGGGGGAGAAGAGACAGAAAGACCCUUGUGAUACCCCAUGUGGAUUCCCACCUAUGUCUCUAUUGUAUCUGUACAGACUUAUCUGCAAACAGGAGGAUUUAGGUCAAGUACUUAGGGGCCUGUUGGGGAUCCUGGGGGGAAAGGGACUUGGGAAGCUCAGUGUACCCCCAUGCCUCACCCACCCUGUAUCCAUCUCUCAUCUCUACCACCAAGUGACUGGGCACUUGUGGGCCCAUGGGGAGGAAGCCCAUAGAUUACUGAGCAGUUUUACAAAGGGACAGGCCAGUGCAAGUGGGGACUAGGGGUAUCUUGUUUUGUGCUUGUGUGUCUUCAUCCUUCUGGGACCCUGACCUCCUUCUUUCCCAUCUCCAGGCCUUAUGUCUGUCCCAGAUAAAGGCACUGUUCUCCUUUACUCCCCACCCCAUCCUCUCCACCAAAUUACUUCUAACUUUGAGAUCCAAAGGCUGGAGAUUCUGGCUUCAGGAGCAAGAGGAGGCCGCCUUGUUUAGGCCAGCGUGUUUAAAAGGCAGAGCAGACAACAAAGAGUUAAAUUCCCUUUCCUUGGGCGUGGGCAGUGGGGUGGCUAAUAGUCUCCAGCCAACCAGGGGCCUGUUGCCCAGGCAACUCACCAGCUCCGCCUCUGUUGAUUGGCUGCCACAGUGGUAGUCAGCCAAGAUUUAAAGGGACGCCAGCGAUUGCUCUUCUGAAAACCUACCAGUCCCACUGUGGGUGGAGAAAUAAAUGGUCUUUCUCCUCCUCA